AUGGAUCAACCUGCAAGUAAUCCAGCCGUUUCAACAUAUACAGGCUCACGUUUGCUUAGUCCUGUUGCUGAUAUGGCCGGUCUGCCAAUUGACCAAUUUAAUUUUCUUCUCUCUGAAAUAUUGGCAUUAGUUUUGGCCAUGUGUUUUCGACGUUUUCUACCACCUAAGCCAAGCAAUACAUUCGCAAGACAUCUAGUCGCAAGCCUUCUUGGAAUUGCUCUAAGUCAUUUCUGUUUCGGUGCACAAAUAUGGCAUCUUAUUAUCCAAUCAUCAAUCGUAUAUCUAAUGCUUCUUUGGAUUUCUCCGACACAUUCCUAUCUUAUUAUAUUUAUAUUUUGUAUGAUUUAUAUGAGUGCAGUUCAUAUUCAUCGUUUAAUAUAUGAUUAUGGAAAUUAUACACUUGAUAUAAGUGGACCGUUGAUGAUAAAUACUCAAAAAUUAACAGCACUUGCAUUUGCAUUUUAUGAUGGUUAUCGUUCUAAGGAGCGACGAUCACAUGAAGAACAUUUAGCACUGAGUGACGAUCAAGAAAAACAGAAAAUUAUCGACAUACCAACUCCUAUAGAGUUUCUUAGUUAUAUAUUUUAUUUUCAUGGAAUAUGCGUUGGACCAUUAUGCUUUUUCAAAGACUAUUGUGAUUUUGUUGAAGGACGCAAUCUGCUUGUGAUACCAACAAGUACAACAAGCAAAACCAACGAUGAACAAGAACCAAUUCAAAUCGAACAGCCAUCAAUAUUUUGGCCUCUAUUCACAAAACUCUCUCAAUGUGUAAUUUGGGGAUAUUUUCUAUUAGCGUACACACCCUAUUAUCCCGUAGAAUUUAAUUUAAGUAAAGAAAUGGUUGGUUCUCCUUGGUUUAAACGACUCUGCUAUCUUUUAUUUUCCACAUUCUGCGCUCGCGCAAAAUAUUAUUUUGCGUUCAUCCUAUCCGAAACUGUUAAUAAUGCAGCUGGUCUUGGUUUUGCUGGUUUCGAUAAAAACGGAAUACCACAGUGGAAUCUUCUGACCAAUGUGAAACCACUUCAAUUAGAAUUAGCAACGAGUUUGAAAGUGGUUAUCGACGUAUGGAAUAUGCAAACGGCUCUAUGGCUUCGCCGUGUUUGCUAUGAUCGAAUACAAAAAGGUCGAACAUUGGGAGUUUUUGUACUUUCGGCACUUUGGCAUGGUUUUUAUCCGGGAUAUUAUGUGUGUUUCAUCUUAGCAGCGUUUGAAACUUAUGCCGGACGUGGCAUUCGACGGCAAAUACGGCCGUAUUUUCAAAAAAAUCAAGCGACAAAAUCUAUCUAUGCAUGUAUAACAUGGUUAGGUACUCAGAUAGCAUUGAAUUUUGCUGUGACACCAUUUGUUCUAAUGGAAAUUCAGAAAGUUUGGUAUUUCUAUAAAACAUGGUAUUUUAUUGUGCCAAUUGUUUCAGUUAUUCUUGCAUUAACAUUAAAGGGAGCAAGUUCAAAACCAAAGAAAAAUCAAUAA